CCAAAAGCUACAAGGCAUCAUAGAUCAAAACACACGUCUGGGUCAAGCGCGCAAUGGAGAAGUCCGUCAGAUCCGUGUUGGUGUUCGUGGCCGUUUCCAUCCUCAUCUCCAGCCAUCCUACAGACGCCUGGUACAAGCAGUCCACCGGGCCGAGCUACUAUUCCGUCGGGAGAGCCUCGGGUUUGCUGUCCGGGAUCCGGAGGUCGCCGUAUGUGCGCAGAUCUGAGGGUGAAUCCGCGCUGGACAGCGGCGAGACCCCCGGCGUCUCCAACAGCGCGAUGCCCGACCUCAGCAGCAGACAAACGCCAGUCCUCAAAAACAUGGCCAUCUGCGUUAAGGACAUUUCUCCAAACCUACAGAGCUGUGAGCUGGUUCAGGACGGUUCGAGCACGUUUCGGUGCAAAGCAGAUGUGUUUCUCUCACUCGAUUCGCUGGACUGCUUCACCUCCUGAGCGGAACCCAUCUCCCUCUUGCUCUCUCUCCCUCCUUCCCCGACCCAAAGUCUCUUCAUUUCAGGAGUAUUUACAGCCAAGGCAGUGAGGCGCGCUGUUGACAUUGAAUGUUUACUUGAUUUAACCCACGGAUGUUCAGCACAGCUAUCGAAGAUCUGCUUUCCUGCGAUGUUUAGUUCUCAUAGCAAAGAUAAUAUUUUUUAAACGAACAUUGUGUUGUUUUUCUGUGAACGUGCGGGACUUCCGAUUCCCUCGGCGCUUUAGGUCAAAGGUGAGGUAAACGGCAAAACUAUGCGCUACAAAACGGUGCAUUUAUAAGUACGACAAUAUGUUAAAAAGAAAAGAAAUAGUUUUAAGAUGAAUUUUAAGAUGCGUAAUCUGUUUUGUAAAGAUAAAAUAACCGGAAGUGGAUGAGACCGGAAGUCUCAAAACAUUCGUUAAAAGGUGGAUACUGUUUUGCGACUAUAAAUAUAUACUUAAAUCAGGCAUGUACCAUAAAAAAAUAGAUGUUUCACUGUAAUUUAUUUUUUGCUGCAAUCAAAAUUUGUUGAGAUAACUUGAAGUAUGUUCGUGCUUGACUUAAAAUAUUCGGUUCGGUUAAAUUGGAUAUUUAAGUUGAAACAACACAUCAUUUCUUCUAUUCUGAUGUUGAGUUAAGUCGUGAUCAUCACAGAAAUCAUUUUUUACAGCGUGGGUUAGUAUAUAGCGAUUAGCGAAUGCGCAAAAGUGAAGUCAAACCACAUUCAAGUCACUUUCAGUGUGAACACCUAGUUUCAGUCGUAUUUUACAGGAAAAUAGAUCUCGGAGAGCAGUGUUGAGCACCCCUGGUUCACACAAUGUGAAGUUCGCUGCUUAAAAUUUAUAAAUGAAUAUAAAUACAAAAUCCACAGACAAAAGUGAAGCGAAGAGGUGUUUUCUGUUCGAUCUGUUCUCCCUCGCGACCACCAGUCUCCUGUACCUACUUCCAGAUGUAUUAAAUGUUCAUAAAAAGAAUUCACUGUUAUGAGCAAAAACUUUCAAAGAUGUUUUCUUUAUUUUAUUAAACUUGAAAGAUAUACCGUU